CAGAAGAAGAAGAGAGAGGGGAGGACAGAAGAAGAAGAGAUACCUGAGAAAAGAGUGAGACAAAAUAAGACUAAAACAAUAAUCACCAGGAAAUUGGGAAUUAUUAAUUGAUUAAAGGAGAGUUUAAGUUUAGAGGUGACAAAUAAAAGAAGAUUGGUCAGGAGAAUUUAAAGGAACCAUCAGAUCUGUGGAAGGACGGUCCCCACGAUGUUUUUCCUUCUCUCGUUGUGUAUGUGUGGUCUUCUGCUGCAAGGAGACGCUCAGGACCGAGCCGCUCUGUGGAGGGGGAACGACCGGAGUGGACGAUGCCAGUACACCUUCACCGUGCCCAGCCCCGUCGAGGCCAGCUGCCCGCAGACGGGGGGCCCCGAGGUGGAGGGCCUGAAGGCUAGACUCAGCCUGCUGGAGGUGCUGGUGUCCCGGCUGACCGGAGGGGACACCGGGGGUCCCCAAGGGGCCGGGGCCGCAGCUCGGCCUGGGCUUCAGGAGGCGCUGGACCGGGCCAUGGGGGAGAGGAACCUGCUGCGGGGGGAGAAGGAGCGUCAGGAGCAGGAGCUGCAGGGGCUUCAGCGCAGGAUGGAGGAGAUGAGGAGGGAGACGGAAAGGCUGAGGAGCAGACCGUGUCCUCCACAGACCCCCAUGGUGCCACCAAGCCCCCCUCUGCAGGACAGUGGCCUGACUAGACCUGCUGGGGGUUCCAAUCCCAUGUCUCACCUGAUGACCAGGCCCAACAGGCAGGGAGACAGCAGCAGUUUGAGAGACUCGGCGUGGGAGUACGGACAUCCGGGUUUCCAGGAGCUGAAGGCUGAGGUGACAGAGGUACCGGCUCCUCAUGGAUCUGAGGACAACACAGGUUGUGGGGAGUUGGUCUCAGUUGCUGAGCCGGUGACUCACAGGAAGGCGGACAACAUAGCGGGUAAAUAUGGCGUUUGGAUGCAGGACCCCGAGGCCGUCUCCCCUUACGGACCGGAGAUGGUCUGGCGUAUCGACACCAUCGGCUCUGACGUCAGGCAGCUGUUCGGGUACGACGACAUGGAGCAACUCUCUAAAGGCUUCCCAUCCAAGGUCCUGAUGUUGCCAGAGCUGGUGGAGAGCACCGGUGCCACUCUGUACCGAGGCUCUCUGUAUUACCAGAGACGACGCAGCCGCUCCCUCAUCCGCUUCGAUCUCGCCUCCGAGAGCACCGCAGCGCGUCGCGACCUCCCCCACGCCGGCUUCCACGGCCAGUUCCCUUACUCCUGGGGCGGCUACACGGACAUCGACCUGUCCGUGGAUGAGCAAGGGCUGUGGGCCGUCUACUCCACCAGCAAGGCCAAGGGGGCCAUCGUGAUCUCGCAGCUGGACCCGCACAGCCUGGAUGUGAAGAGGAGCUGGGAGACCAACAUCAGGAAGAACUCCGUGGCCAACACCUUCAUCAUCUGCGGCAAGCUGUACACCGUAGCCAGCUACACGGCGCCGGACACCAUCAUCAACUACGUGUACGACACCAAAACCAGCCAGGGGAAGCCCAUGGCCGUCCCCUUCAGGAACAAGUACCGCUACAACAGCAUGAUCGACUAUAACCUGGCUCAGAGGAAGCUGUUCGCCUGGGACAACUUCCACAUGGUGUCCUACGACCUCAGGCUGGGUCGCCAGCAGGCCAACUGAGGCCUCCAUGAUUGACUGUUGAAAAGCUCAGCUGUUCCCGCUUCAAAGACUCAGAGCUUUAGAGCACAAUGCGCGUGGUAGUCGUAGUCAUAAAGCCAACACCAUCAGCGUAGAAGAGCUACCAAACUCCGACGUGAAGACGUUUGAGGAACAGUGUUUCUCGCAAGUGUGCUUUUUAAAAAAAAUCUUUUUCUUCAGUGGGUGGGCUUUUGUUUUUAAACAUGUUUUUAGAGGAAUUAUUUUUGUACCGCCUUCAAUUCAGAUGUAUGAU